UGUGUAACUUCCGGUCUGCGCGUGGCUUUUAUUCUGUAGUGAAAUAUAGCAGUGGAGGAAAAGAAGGAAAAUAAAAAUAAAACGUGGAUUGAAGACAAAGACUCUGGGAAGAUAUCGACUGUAGUUUUUAGGUUUACGCAGUUCCAGUGCAUUUAUAAGCGCAGUAGAAUCGGUUUGGUUUUGUAUGUUGUACCGGAAGUUAGUGAACUAGCUUCAUCGAGCUAGCUAGCUGUAAUGCGGCUAGUUCUUUAACGUCAUUGUAACUGCAGUUAGUUUAACUAGACCGCUGAGUUAAAAGAGAUUCAUGCGUCAUUUAACUAAUAACUAAUCACUAAUCACUAACACACAGACUAGAUUUGGACAGUUUAGCUCUUUUGCUUUGUCAGAGAAGGGUGUGUUUAUCUUUGUGCACCAGCAGCGGAUUAGCUCAUGGCUGACUUACUGACUGUUUACGACGACGGAGAAGCGAACUCGUUUAUAGACUGCACGAUUUGUGACAAAAGAAUAAGGGGGGAUACUAACUAUAAGAUCCAUGUGACCACUUUGCAGCAUCUGAAGAGGGAGAGAGCUCUAGCUGAUAAGGGCCUUAUCUCAAAUCCAAUCCCAUUGCCAGAAUGGACCGGUAUCAAAGAGUACUUGACGUACCUGAACCUUAACGAACCCAUUAUAGGGCUUGGUGACCUGGUUCAAGAGGAAGACUUUAUCUCAAACGAUGGUUCAACCCUGCUGCGCUACAGGUGCAGGCUGUGUACAGUGCAGAUGGACCUCUGUGAAAUGGCCACUCAUGUGGUGGGUCGCAGACACCGGCAGAAAUACUUGGAGCGACAUAGGCCAGACUUGGUGACAUGGGAAAAGAAUUCGGAGAAGCAAGCAGGAGUUGUCGCAAGAGCGAAGGCUGCAAUAGUAGAGAAACAAGAAGGAUGGGGAAAUCCAGUGCCUCUAAUCAGAUCAGAAAAAGGAAGAUCAGUGGGAAAUCGAGCAGCACAAGCUUGUCCAUCUUCUGUUCAAGAAAGAGCCUCUUCUGGCCGAGACAGGAGCAAGCAAAACUUCUACAAUCAAUCAUAUAUGGAGGGUGAUUCUUACAGUAGGCCAUCUCAUUAUCAUGAAGAUAACCAAUAUGACCAGUCCUAUAGAGGUGAUGUCCCUGGCCACCAAUCUGCUUUAGGGGAUAACCAAUAUGAUGCCCCGUAUUCUCAAGCUGGCAGGCAGAGGAACUCCUACAAUGAGAGAGAAUACACGGAAAGACCUUUUUGGGAAGCUGAAAUGAAUGUAGGGGCUUUUCCAGGAGAAGGAACUCCUGAUAGACAAAGAUAUAUGGACAAAGGAAAUCCACAGCCUUAUAAGGAUGAAUGGUACCCGGAAUCAAGUCCCAACAGAGGAUCGUACAAAAGUAGGGAAGGCAAUGAUUAUUAUGGCAACAUUUCAGAAAACAGGUUUGGUGACACCGGAGCGGACUAUGAAGAAAGUGGGAGGAUGCGAGAGCCGAUUUACAUGUCACACCAUGGACCAGGACCUAGCAUGGAUGAAAGGCAGCAGCAGGGCAGAAACCUGCCGUAUAGAGAGAAAGGUAGAGAAGGUUUUCAGGAUGUGAAUGAAACUGAAAGGUGUGAGUCUUUUGAGAUGCAAAACUAUAACAAACGACAAAGGUUCUACACAAAUGAAGAUGAUCUACCUUCAAAAAAGAAAAGGAAGAGCAGAUUCUCUGAUGCCUCACCACUAGAGAUGGCACUUUCACAGAAGAGCCAAGUCGAUGCCAUGCUUUUAAAAUAUAAGCAGAAAGGAAGGGGAUUGCCUUAUAUAAAUAAUCAGGCCUCUGGAAGCAACAUGGAUUCAGCUGUAACUCCACGUAUGGAAAAUGUUUUGGAUGUACUGAAUGACAUUCAAAUCGAGAAUGUGCAAGAGGCUAACUUCUUGAAGGAUAAGUUAUGUGCCCUUCUUAAAGAAUUCCAAACAAAUAAAGUCCAGUGCACUCAGGGUCAGGUUUCACAGAGUUCCACAGAUUUCACAGACAGUUAUCACAGCGGUAACAAAAUGGAGCCCCACAGAGAAAUGCCAGAUUUGAGACGUUUUGAGGACCAUAGCUUUCAGCAGCAUGUGAGAUACAAUCAUGACAAGCAGGGCCCUAGGGAAUAUUUACAUACAAGGCAUGGUGAAGAGGCUCCUAAAAGCAUGAGGCAGAACAGAGUUCCUGAAGAGCCUGAAUAUCAGUGGAAUCCUUAUCGAGAGGGCUCAGCUGGCCGAUCAGAAGAACGCAUGGUUCACCAUCCAGAUGACAGAAGAGUCUACAGAGAGGCUGCUUGGAAUUCCAGACCUCUACGAGAAGAAGAAAGAGUCUACACUGAGCAACAUCGUUAUCAUCAUGACUAUCGUUCAGGUGGGGAUCUCUACGACCCGUGUGAGCCGUCAUCAUCUCCACCUUUGGAAACCGGCUCCUCCACUCUUGACAAGCUGGCCUCCACGCUUCUGGAACUGGUGGCACGCAAAGCAAAAUAAAUGCACCCUUUGAAUCAGUGUGUUCUUGAAUUAUGGUAGUACUUCUUUAGACAUUAACUGAUGUGAUUAAUUAUUAGUUUAAUCUACGUAAUAGUUUAAAGAGAAGAUGACACCAUGCCACUGUGUUUGUUUUAUGUAGUACUGAUUGGUGUACGAGUUUGUGGUAAUAAACCAUUUUUGUUCCUCA